AUGGAAGGAACAUCGACGUCUCUCUCGACCAUUACGCAAGGUACGGCCACAACGGCAACUCAGUACCUGUUGCAGAAUCUCCGAGUGCGGAAAGUCUUCCACGGGGAUAUCUUCGAGGAUGUAGAAGACUGGCUAGCCCAAUUUGAGCGCAUUGCUGAGAUAAACGAAUGGAGUGACGCGGCGAAGCUGAGAAAUGUCUACUUCAGCUUGGAGGACGGUCCUCGCACUUUAGUGCUGUACUUGAUUCUUCUUUUGUUGCUAUGGGGCGAUGUCGAGCUUAAUCCUGGACCUCUCACCGAAGCAGCAAUGGAGAAAAACGUCGAUCUUGAAAACAGAAGUCGCAGGCUUAAUCUUGUCUUCUAUGGAAUAGAUGACGGAAACCAUUCUGAAACGUGGAUUCAAUCAGAAAACUUGGUUAAAGAUAUUUGCAAAACUAACCUGGGGAUCGAACUGAAUUCGAUACAAAGGGCACACCGAGUAGGUCGUUACAGCGUUAGGUUCAAAAGGCCAGUCCUAGUAAAUUUUUCUUCAUAUAAGGAAAAACAGGACGUCUUGUCAAAUGCUAAUAAGUUCAAGGGGUCACCCUACAGUGUGGAUCAGGAUUAUUCAUCCGAUACCCGAGAAAUACGGAAGCAUCUGUGGGAAUACGCAAAAGUUAAAAAAGCGGACAGCAAAACAAGGUAA